AUGUACUUCAAAAAAAACCAGCUGAAAAGUGCAACAAGAUUGAGAACCGUUCUUCACGAUUUUUCUUCAAUCUUACACACUCUAAGCAUCACUUUCACCUUCCAUCACAAUUCUCUUCGACUCUGUAGCAAUUCCCCAACCUGCGAGAGAAACCACGACACUGUCACUUCACUGCAAAUUCAACGCACAACCUUCAAACUCAAUUCAACAUCAACACGACACGCAACAAGAGAAUCAGCAGCAAGAUUGAAGAAGCAAGGAGUAGACGAGAAAGAACUGAGAUUUUCCGCGAAAAGGAUAAAAAGAAGCUAG